CACCCUAUAUCAUUUCAUCUCCUUCAGCUCCAAGUCAAAAUGCACCUUAUUGUAACCAUCCUCGUGAGCGUGCUUCUCCCCAAAGCAUAUUCACUCAAGUGCUUUGAGUGCAUAGCAGGAAACUCGGGAGCAUGCACGGACAAGCAGAUUGACUGUCCUAAUCCAACCCAAUGUGGAAACAUGCGGAUGACAUCCUAUACGGGUGGUACAAAAAUAUCAGAUAUGAACGUAAAGUCUUGCUCGGUGCCUGCCGAGUGUCUCACUGGAUCAAUGAACUUCGGAAUGAUGAGCACUACGAUCGCCAGCAAAUGCUGCAAUACAGACCUCUGCAACUCCCAAAGCAUCCCGAUCCCUGAGUCCACUGAAACCACUCCUAAUGGCAAGAAGUGCUUCACCUGUACCGGAACGGACUGCACGAGCGCUCUGAGCUGCGUGGGGGACGAGGACCUCUGCAUCUCAACAACAGUGAACACGGGUGGCGAGAAGAUGACAAUGAAGGGAUGUGUCUCCAAGAGCAUCUGUGUGGGAGAAGUGUCAAGAGCACUGGAGACCGCCAUUAGCAUGGACAUCAAGUGCUGCGAGGGCAACCUGUGUAACAACGCCCAGAGCAUCGGACUGAGCCUCCUGCUCCUGGUGACAUCCAUGGUCUCUUUCGCCCUGUUCCACUGAGAGGCAUCGUGCCUUCACCUCCUUACCUCUCCUCCCCUCCUUUCUCCUCUCCUCUCCUGGGCAUGGUCUCGUUCUGUUUACUAGUUCCAUUGUAACAGGAGCCUCCGUCAUUGUCCACACCCCCCAUCUCCCCACUCUCUACUUGUUGUGUGUAUUAAUAAUGGAUGUUAUUGAAUAGCCCCUUUCACUAGACGCUCCCUUGGGGCUUCACAUUGUGUAGGGUUAACUCAACCCCUCCAACCCACUAGCGUAAUGCUGCAGCCACCUGUGGAACGCACUAUAGCCAUUUCAUUUUAGGGACAGCUCUUGCAAAAAAACACACCCACAACAACCCACACCUACAUCCAUCCCAUAACCCCUACACACACCCACACCCACCCUCUUCUCUCCUCAAGGCCCUGUGAGUCAGUGAGGCAUGGAUGUUUGGUGAGGCAUCUGCUAAUCUAAGCAAGUGUUGUACAUUGCUUCAAAUCAUUGGCAUUGUUAGCUUUCACAUGUUUUUAACGUUCUGAAAAACAUAAAAAAUACAAUUUUUAACCUGGCAGAAAUAUACUUGAAAUUAAAUAUGUCACUGGAUGUGUACAGUGUUAAUGUAUUUGCAAUGCCUAAUUGAUGAACAAGAUGAAUUCUGUAAAUUAAAAAAUAUGAAAAGUAUAUGAAUUACUGAAUAGAUGA